AUGAUUAGGCGUGCAUGUUAUAAGUGUGGGGAUUUAGGGCAUUUUGCAGAUUCAUGUGCAAAAACAGACCGAUUAUGUUAUAAUUGUAAGCAACCGGGCCACGAAUCAAAUGCAUGUCCAUUUCCACGUACAGCGGAGAGAUUGCAAUGCUAUUAUUGCCAAAGCAUAGGCCAUAUCCAAGCAGACUGUCCAUCUUUUCGGAUCAACACAGCGGGCUCAAGCGGACGGUGUUAUAGCUGUGGAAUGACAGGACAUCUUGCACGAAGCUGUCAUGGUAUUCCAUCUGCUGGUACGCCAAUCCAUUUUUCAGCAGGAAGAAUGCAAGUAUGCUUUAAAUGUGGCGGACCCAAUCACUAUGCUCGAGAUUGUCAAGCACAAUCAGUGAAAUGCUAUGCCUGUGGAAAAUAUGGCCAUAUUUCUAGCAUUUGUGAAAACGGAUCACAGACAUCUAAAUCCUGUUACCGGUGUGGAAAUCUUGAACAUCUUGCUAAAGACUGUACUACUAUUCUUUCUACUAAUAACCACGCUCAAGAACUCGAGGACAAUCUACCUUCCUCCAAGAACCCUGUUGCACAGACAGCAUUAGUUUCAUGA